UGCUAGGAAAAAAGCGUCUUCCUCAUGGUUACCAUCGCAGUUAGCCAAACAGCUUCUGUUUAUCCUGCUGAAAUCGUCUUUAAUAGCGUAUACACCUCUACGGAUCUUACACAAAACACAUCAGAUAUGUUCAGCGACGGUUGUACAUGAAAUAUUGUUGGUGAGAUUGUGGUUCAAUGAGCUCCAGAAAAUCUCAAAAGAUGGGUGAGGAUCUGGCAAGUGAAAGUGAUCUGCUGUCAAUGAUCAACGAGUAUCUGAAGUUUGCUGAGUUUGAAGAGACUGCGAAAGUGUUUGAAAAGGAAGUCAAACGCAAAGGAAAACCUGUCCUCAAAAGUGCAGGACACUCACGGCGAGACUCCAAAAUCAUCGGCAUUCAUGAGGAUUUUCUCAGCUCUUUUAAUGAUGGUGACUAUAAGGUAUUCUCUGAGCUGUGGGCUAAAACCAUUCCUCCAGAGAUUCAGGAUUUUGAUCCAGUAGCUCAGAAACUGGAAUUCUAUUUACAAAUUCAUUUUACAAUAUACCCGCUGAAGUCAUCUGUAGGAAGUCAUGAUAAAGGAGAGUUUGAGAACAGGAUCACACAUUUCAAACACUAUCUGGAGACCAGAGGGGCGGCACUGAGCCAGACCACUGAGUUCCUGCCGUUCUACGCCCUGCCGUUCGUGCCCAAUCCCACGGUACAUCCGUCCUUCCAAGAGCUUUUCCAGGAUUCCUGGAUGCCAGAGUUGAGGGAAAGGCUGGACAAGUUUCUCUCAGUGACUCUGAAAGCUUCAAACACACCGAGGCUUCUGACUUUAUAUACCGAAGGUGGAAAAGGCACCAAAGAAGCGAUUCAGCAAAUGCAGCUCCAUUUGACCGAGGCGGAAAGGAAGUCGGCCAUCUGCAUGAGGAGAUUCGCCAAGCUGCAGGCCGACCAUCACAACCUCAUCGGCGUCACGGCUGAGCUGGUGGAUUCGCUGGAGGCCACAGUCCGUGGAAAGAUGAUCUCCCCAGAGUACCUGCAAGGCGUGUGUAUGCGGCUCUUCAGCGGUUACAUGAGACAGAGCGCUGCUCAGAGCGUAGACUUCACCAGACCCGGCACUGGAUAUUACUCUAUGAGUCCUUAUGAUGAUGGAUAUGCAUCCUCAAUGUUGCGGGCAUCAGUCGCACCUCAGAGGCCCAAAGACGUGCCGCUGUUGCCUUCCCUUGACUACGAGAAACUAAAAAAAGACCUAGUGAAUGGAUCAGAUCGACUGAAGGCUUUGCUGCUUCAAGCCUUGCGCUGGAGGUUAACCAGAUCUCUUUAUGGUGAGCAAAGGGACACGGUUUUACAAGCCUUCAUCAGCAAUGAUCUUCUGGAGUGCUACAGUUCCAAACAGAAAACUGUUCUUUAUCUGAUGAAAUCCAAAAAUGAGAUUGUCAGACAGUAUAUGGCACGACUCAUUAAUGCCUUUGCCUCUUUGUGUGAUGGACGCAUGUACCUGUCUCAGAUACCCUCUUUACUGAGGUUUCUGCUUGAUUCUCUGAGGACCGAAGAGAAAGAGUCUGUAACUCGAGAAAACGUGCUUGCAGCGCUGCAGAAACUCAGCCUCAGGCGAGCGCAGCAGUCAGCUAUGAUCAAAGACGGUCUGAUUGGCUGGUUGGUCAAAGAGCUCCACGACUCCGACUGUCUGUCCGACUACACGCUUGAAUACGCCAUCUCCCUCCUCAUGAACCUCUGCCUGCGCACUCAAGGAAAGAAGAAAUGUGCAGAGGAGGCCAAGCAUGUCCUGAAAGUCCUGACAGAGCUCCUGGGACAUGAGAACCAUGAGAUUCGGUACUAUGUAAAUGGAGCAUUAUACAGCAUCCUGUCCAUGCCAGAGAUACAAGAGGAAGCCAAACAGAUGAGUAUGGAGGAGAUCUUACGCUGUUACAGUAAAGAAGAAAAUCCUGAACUCAACAGACAGAUUGAAUUCAUCAUCAAACAGCUUAAUUCGGCGGACAUCCCUGAACAUGAACCUGAGUCGGAUGAUGAAGAGGAUGACGACGAUGAUGACGAGGAAGAUGUUAUGGAGGCAGACCUAGAUAAAGAGGAAGUCCUGCAGCCUCAGCCAAAAGAACUUAGCGGAGAAUCUUUGCUGACAACAGAGUAUCUCGGGAUAAUGACCAACAUGGUGAAGAUGAAGAGAAGAUCAUACCCUCCAUCAUCUCGCAGCAUAGACGAGCCUCUCCAGCGGCCCGUUACGCCCAGUUCCCACAAAAACACCAUAGCUGGUGGUGAUGGAGUUUACGCUGUUACCCGACUGAGAAGUGACGAUAGCCCCACCCAUUCUCGCUUUAGUUCCCGCCCACCUACUCGCACCGGCAGCCGCGCCAGCACUGCGGAAUCCAUCCACCAAACAUUAGCAACCGAUUCGGAAUGCUGGCGUUCCUCUGUGGAAUCAGGGCUCAUGGGGUCCCCAGAAAGACAUGUACCUCCACCAGGCCUGAACAACAACAACGGCCACUCGUACAGUGGCCAGAACGUGGGCUUUGCAAGCCGGCCUAAGAUUCCUCGCACCCCUGACAGUGACGCAGGCAGUGCUGGCAGGUCUCGUCUGCCCCCCCUGGCCCCCCAGUUCUCGAACAGCGAGCCCCAGCAGAGCAGCAGCAGGCCCGGUUCGUCAGGGGGCUCCGGCGGGCGGCCCAGUCAACAGAGUGUUUUGCUAUCUACCAUUCAACAGCUCUGACGACAGCACUGUUUCUCCAGCUUCCUGGAUGGUGCACUACAACAACGGGACACAAAAACAGCCCUGCAAAACAGGAAUUAUUUAAUCUAACUUCAGCUGCGUCCUACAAUCCUCUCUUCCUUUCGUUCUCUCUCCAUAUCCUGCUUUAUUCUAACUGUCAUGGUCUGUCCAUGUGCAUCCUGUGCUUCAGGGGGAUUUUUCCUGCCCCCACACUUGGCCUGAAAGUGGACCAUAUUUGGACCAUAAGUCCCUCUGUUUCUGUCCCCUAAAACAACACCUCCUUUGCAACCAGCUCUUGGCAGACAUGAGUGUGCCCUACAGAUUAUGUCGUCCAAUCGGCCCUUUGGGAAUGAGGAAGUACAAAUGAAACCAUCAAAGAGCAAGUUUGUUGUUAACGAUGGAUAAAGCUGGGCUCGUCUUAGCAGAUCCCAAAGCAAGGUUGCAGAGUUACUAGAUCCGGAGAUGUCGAGUUAGUUAAAGCAUGGCAGUGUCCUUCUAGCGGAAACGGUCCUGCGUACGGAACGCUGUGCUCUUUGGAACAGAAUUCCUGGUGAGGUUAGACAUGUCCACGGGGGACGAGCUCUUGGGACAUGUUUUUAUGUCUCAAGCUGAGCUGUUUUGAGCUCGGCAUGAUGGAGUACCAAACAUCUGAAUCCUCAGCUGUGUUGUACCUUGCAUUUGCAGAUUUCCUGCAGGCCUUGGCAUUGUGACAACCCUACGGACAAGCACUCAAAAAGCGAAGCAGAUGAAUGCAUGUUCAAACUUUAGUUCAGAGUGUUUAUGUAUAACUUUAUUAAAACUAUUAU